AAAAAAGAAAAAGAAAAAAAAAAGAAAAGAAAAAAAGAGCAGAAGGAACCAUAAUAUAUACGACGUCGUAGGGAGGUGUUUUUAGACUUUUUAAGUCAUCGAGUUGGCUUCCCCCUCAAGAAGUCCUUCCUGAAAAGCCAGCCUUCAAAAAUCAAUUUUCCCGACUGCUCAGAUCAUUCACUCGGAGCUCUACCAAAAGCAGCCCCGCCGCUGACGAUUGAGAUCUAUUAACACCGUAAUUUUCUUUUCUCCUUGAACCUUUUCAUAGUUAAUCAUGGCCAGGUACGAUCGAGCCAUCACCGUCUUCUCUCCAGACGGCCAUCUGUUCCAGGUCGAGUACGCCCUUGAAGCUGUUCGCAAGGGUAACGCUGCCGUUGGCGUCCGCGGCACCGACAACAUCGUCCUCGGUGUCGAGAAGAAGUCCACUCCAAAGCUUCAGGAUUCUAGGUCAGUCAGGAAGAUUGUUAAUCUGGACAAUCACAUUGCAUUGGCGUGCGCUGGUCUGAAAGCAGAUGCCCGUGUUUUGAUAAACAAAGCACGUAUUGAGUGUCAAAGUCAUAGACUUACUGUGGAGGACCCUGUUACUGUUGAGUAUAUAACUCGUUACAUUGCUGGUCUCCAGCAAAAAUAUACUCAAAGUGGAGGUGUAAGACCAUUUGGCCUUUCAACUUUGAUAAUUGGCUUUGACCCAUACACGGAUGUUCCUUCUCUCUAUCAGACGGAUCCUUCAGGGACCUUUUCAGCUUGGAAAGCAAAUGCAACAGGGAGAAACUCCAAUUCUAUUAGGGAGUUUCUGGAGAAGAAUUACAAGGAAACAUCUGGCCAAGAAACGGUCAAAUUAGCUAUCCGGGCUUUGCUUGAAGUUGUCGAGAGUGGUGGGAAGAACAUUGAAGUCGCUGUCAUGACAAAAGAUGGGCUGAGACAACUUGAAGAGGCUGAAAUUGAUGCCAUUGUUGGGGAGAUUGAGGCAGAGAAAGCCGCGGCAGAGGCUGCAAAGAAGGCUCCUCCCAAGGAGACCUAGUGUGCUUGUAGUAGUUUCUUGCCUCUAUUUAAACUUGCUUUUGCUUUGUAUUUACUAAUUUUUGGAAUGCUUUGACUGUGAUCAACUGUUGCUUUGAAUUUCUUGCUCGCUUAGACAGAAAUUGAUGAUCUUGCGCUUAUGCAACACUGUCGUUGAACACAAGGAGUUUAGCUUUCUAUAAUUUAACUUGGCUAAAACAACUUUUGCACAUUCUUUUGAUAGCUGCCUAAGUGAAUUGAUCAUUUCUUGUUUGUGCACUUCCCCGGCCGAUUCAGCUUCUGUUUUUCUCAAUCACACUGAAGCAGGUCUAUAUUUAAAUAGGAACUGAUGAAGGCAAUAUUUGUUUUUGGGUGGGGGGAAUAACUUUUGUUUUUUCUGAAGGAGUCGUCAUUUUCUACCCUGAAUGCGGCCUGCUUAUGCUACCCUUCUCCCAGCAAUAAAUAUUCAGCCCAGGGUGAGUUGUGUAGUGGGCUUAAAACUUUGCAAUCUCUCACACACUCCAAACUUAUAGCCUAUUAUGCGUCUCAUCCUCUCUCAUUAUGCAGUCUAAAAUGUUGAAAGUUGACAACUAAGAUGAAAUACA